AUGCCUAGCUUCAGCCUCUCCGCUUCGAAGCCUCCCGCCAAGUUUCAUGACAGCAAUGGUAGAUACACACGUAUUGAGAGCGGCAAAAUUCCAUCUCGCGGUCGAUCUCUCGCCUCCUCGCGUAGAGGAAAAUACUGUCUAGCUGUUGCAGCAGCUGCUGCCUCUGCGCAUGCGUCUCAACAGGCCGCUGAAGACGAGAUGGAUAUGCACGCUGCUAGCGUUGUGGACAAUGCUCCUGCUCACAGAAGAGGGGCCAAGAAGGGCCUGACGUUGGACGAACUCGCUUCUGUCGCCGGUCGGAGGAGCGUUGCUAUGAUCAUGGAUGAUACCACUUCACCUUCACAUGGAGGUGAUGGUGAUACGCCAGCUCCUAGUACCGCCGCAGCCUUGUUCACUUCGCAUGUUCAGGGGAUUAUCGCUUUGACCGGGGUCAUCGUUCUGCUCAUCCUUGUGCAGUUUGCUCGCAUUAGCGUUGACAACGCAACCUACGUCCGUGGUGUACUCAACAUGCUUACCGGUCUAGCUGCCACCGCUUCGGCUCACAAACUUUCCAUGACCGUGGCUGUCUCCUCUAUCGCUUCGACCAGAUCCUCCUCUUCCGGCUCUUCGCGCCCACCUUCCCCAGCAGUCACUGUUGCAGCAAUGGGCCUUACAGGCGGACAGGCUUUCAACCUCAUUUUCGGAUCGGAUCAGUUUUUCCAGAUCAUCUCGUUCAUCGAAGCUAUCUGCUCUGCUGUCGCAUCCUACAUGGCCGGAUCAUCCAUCGUCACCUCUCAGACUGCUGUCAACAAAAACGGAACGCCGUUGAUCGAGCUAGAUAUCAGCCAAGCUGGUACGCUAUGGGGCAUCUGUGGGCUGUGGAUCAUCGCUCUCGGCCUGCACGCCGCCACGGCGUUCGCCAACAAGAGCACCAUCCGAACAGUGCAGAUGGCGAGUAACGAAAGCAUGCGCGAGAUUGUCGCUGUUAUGCAUACUGAGAGCAUCUACUCGAGCAAGCAGUAG